CGUAUUCUCUCUUUCUCUCUCUCUCUACGUUCUAACUGGGAGGGAGGAGAGGAGCAGAAAAGGAAGGGCGGAAUCGAUUCCUGGUCUCCAGAGAAGAGAAAUCGCCACGAGAUUAUUUGGAGAUCGAGGUCGUAUUGCUGUGAAUUGGGGCUACGCUCGUUGCGGUACGAGACAUGGGCGGCGGCGGCGGCGAUGGAGAAUCUGGGAGGAGGAGGAUUGUGUUCGUGACGGUGGGGACGACCUGCUUCGACGCCCUCGUCGAAGCCGUAGAUUCGGAGAAGGUCAAAGAAGCUCUGUGGAGAAAGGGGUUCACCCAUCUCCUCAUCCAAAUGGGCCGCGGAACCUAUAUCCCUUCGAAGGUUGCAGCAGAAGAUGGAUCGAUCGCUGUGGAUUAUUUCACUUUCUCACCAAGCAUUGCUGAUUUUCUGCGAUCAGCAUCUCUUAUCAUCAGCCAUGCAGGUUCAGGGAGCAUAUUCGAGACAUUGCGGUUGGGUAAGCCAUUAAUUGUGGUGGUAAAUGAGGAUUUGAUGGACAACCAUCAGAGCGAGUUAGCAGAGGAACUUGCAGACCAGAAGCACCUCUUCUGCGCCCGCCCCCAGACACUUUGCGAGAUCAUCGACGCCAUGGAUUUGGAAUCUCUCGUUCCUUAUACGCCUGGAGAUGCUCUGCCUGUUGCUAAGUUAAUCAACAAUUUCCUUGGAUUCCCUACUGAUUGAUGAUCAAGUAUUUAUCUCUAAACAAGGCGUAAACAAUCCCAACGCGGUGCUCCGAAUAGGUAUUCCUAAUCAUAUGAGCCUUUGCUUGCGGUUUAACAGCUUGGUGCACCUGAACUGAUGUUUCCAAUCAUCUGGGCUCUUGGCUUGUCAUAUAAAACCCACAAAUCAAGGGCCUAGAUGAUUAAGAGUACUUGUUCAGUUCACUAAGGUUUUGCAGAAAAAACAAUAGUUAUGUUUGUUUUAUUUUAACACAUUUACAAUAUGGAAGCCUGUUAAUUCCUGGUAGUUGUUAAAUCAAUUGAGAGAUUUUAUUAAAUUAUAGAAUUGCUGAUUGUGUUU